UAUAGCUAAUUAUUGCAUAUGUCCAGACUUGUGAGGAAACCAACAUAAUGUUUUCUUCCUCUUUCGUUCCCCCCAGUUCGUGCAUUUGGUCUUAUACAGUAAAUUUUUCUGCUGUAGUUGUUUCUUUGAUAUUUAAUAAUCAUUAUCUAUUGAACAAUUCAAUUAACUUGACCAGUUCAUAUACUUUAAACCUUAUCAUCUUUACAGUUACAAUGUCUACCCCCACGUCAGAACUGGUCUGUGAAGAUGGCUGGAUUCUGUCACCUGGGAAAAAGUGUUACUAUGUCUCCACUACUUCAGAGAAAACGGAAUGGGCUACAGCUAUUAAUCGAUGUAGAGACAUGGGGGCAAAGCUAGUGGAGUUUAAAACAGAUGAGGAAGCACAAUUUGUGAUGCGCAAUCUACCGGAACGUGUUUCAACAAUUAGCAUAGUCUAUACUGGACGUAAGAGCGAUGAUGCUGGCCGAUGGGUUUUUCUCAGUAACGACGAGGGAGUCGAUACGUCCGAGAGGUCAUGGAGUAGCGGACAGCCAGAUGGAACGCAGACCUGUGGAUGUACCCGGAAGUCCGACGACUUCCUGAUGUUAGAUUGCUUCUGCACUGGAUAUCAUCUCUUCUAUAUCUGCGAGAAUUUGCCAACUGCUUCUACUAUGACCACCCCCGAACCUACCACAGAACCAAGAAACUGUUACGAUGGCUGGAUCACAUCCCCGGACAAGUGCUACUAUGUGUCCACUUAUUCCGAGAAAACGGAAUGGGCUACAGCUAUUAGCCGUUGCAAGUCGAAGGGGGCAAUUCUGGUUGAGAUCAAAACGGACGAAGAAUCCCGAUUCAUAAUGGAAAAUCUGCCGAGCCGUGUAGGAAGCACAGAUGUAGUGUAUACCGGUCGAAUCAGAAACGACGCAAACAUCUGGGUUUUUGUCAGCAACGCCGAGAAAGUUGAUGCCACGGUAAGGUCGUGGGCUAGAGGGGAACCGAAUGGUGGAAGUAACCAGGAAUGUGGAUGUACUCGAACGUCAGAUGACUUUCUGAUGCAUGACUGCUUCUGUACAAGAAAUAGCCUCUUUUAUAUCUGCGAGAUAGAGCGGUAGUCAUCUUCUGCCGAAAACAAUAACGGCAUGAAAAUAGUAUAAAAUGUGUGGUUAACAAGCCACUGUUAACAGGAAUAUACUUUUGAAUUGUGAUCUCCUGUUAGCUGUCAAAUAGAAAAUGAAAGUAGAAGAGCCAAGUGACUGAUUCUGUUUCUCAUUUAGUUUGAUUAUGCUUACUAUCACGGUUAAAAUUAGUUGAUGUGAAUGUUAAUUUCAAGAAUUGUAUGCGAACUACUUGGGAGUAUGCGUUAUAUUGAGAAAGUUUAGUUAUCGAGGUGAUUGAUGUGAGACAUCAAAGCAAAGUAUAAAGCUCCAUCUUUUUCAUAACACACUAUAACAAAUCAUUCAGAGAUUCUGCCUGAAUUAAACUACAAAAUAUAUAUCCGUCAAAAACAGUGGUGCCUUCAUCUUUACUUUUACGAAGCCCACAGAACGUUGUACCUUUAGACAUGCUUGCUGGUACAACUUCCUUUUUACCUGUUAUAACGAUUUGAAUAGUUUGUGAUUUCGGGAGGUCAUUAUCAAAUCACGUGUUUUAAACUCUUCCAUGUUGUGCUGAUUUCAGACAUAGUACCUGAUGUGAUGUUUUACGUGCAUAACACUAAAUAUGCAUACCUAAGCAAAAUGUCCAAUGAUAAAAAUACAAACGCAUAGGCAGGAAUCUAAAUUUCCAAGGCAGUCUGUUUUACAAUGGGAGGCAGUUGAGGCUCAUAACGUAUCUAGUACUCAAACUGUGAUGUUGUUUCAUAAUUAAUCAAGUGUGAACUUACGCCUUCAGCGCUGAAGGACGAUACUCAUAAAAAGAGUGGUUGUAUCGAAAAUGAGGAUCAAAUGUUUAUCAAAUUAAGUGAUUUUAUCGAAAGUGUUUUUUUCCCAUUAAGCCGUUAUUGAGGUAUAAACAUUUAAAUAAUAGUGUGGGUAUACAGAAACCGAAAAGUACGUAAGGCACCAAGUAGGAUGAAAGCUCCUCUAUUUUCUCUUUGAUGAUAUUUCAUCAAGAUACAUAGUGCUUCCGUAUGUGUCGUAUUACUUCUCUUUUUGCGGCCGAUCAUGUCACUGUUUAGUUUUAGCACGUUUUCGUUCACACAGUAUUAUUACCUCGGGCAGACUUAUACGGAAUCUAUCUUGUCAUUCUGACGAUAUCGUUCCGCCUUGGAUUUCCAUCUACACUGUAUCUUAAUUCAUUUUUGGUAAUUCAGCGUUAAUA